ACAGAUCAAAGGUUAGGUUAUUUAACAACAUUUCUUCCGACUGAAAAAUUGGUCAAACAGGCUCGAUUUAUGUGGUUGUAGAUCACUUUAAAAAAUGGAUCCGGAAUCUCCAGACAACAGACUUAAUGGAGAUGGGGAUAAGCAAAUUUUAGCCCCAGGAGAAGGCCCUAGAGAAAACCUAAUAAGUACUGCUGUGAAAUUUCUUCAAAAUCCUAAAGUCAUGUCAAGUCCGUUGUACCAGAAAAAAGCUUUUUUGGAAAAAAAGGGGCUUACCCAAGAAGAAAUCAAUCUGGCAGUCCAGAGAUCAGGUGUGAAAGAAUCAGCAGAAGUAAGACCUCACGAGCCACAACAGGAAUUUCACAAUGGCAUCAUCAGUCCAAAUGCUUUAACUCCAAUCCCUCCACGAUCUGCUUGGGCCAAGGCCAGAGAUGUAACUUUCACCACAGUGAUUGUUGCAAGUGUUUCAUAUGUGGUUUAUCAACUCUUUAAAAAAUACUUCAAGCCAUGGCAGGCUGGUAAGUCCAUCCAAGAAAAAAGAAUGGAGAGACUGGAAAGUCAGUUGCUAGAUGUACAAAAAUCUGUGAACGAUUCUCUAGCUGAAUUAAAUAAAACAUUAUCAAAUAUCCAAAUCACUAUUCAAACUCAGCAGUCACAGCAACAAGUUGGAUACACUGAAUCAAGAGGGAUUAGCGAACUAAAAUCAGAUAUUGCUUCACUGAAAGGAUUAUUGUUGAACAGAAGCCAAUUUCCACCAGCUCCUACAACUACACCUAUUCUCCCAUCAUGGCAAAGAGCACCAAAUGCAACAGAGAACAGCUUGCCCAAGUCAUAUUCUGAAACUGUCAAAAUGUCGUCUACUUCAGCGGAGCAAAAUAGUUCAGAGACAGUUGUAAACUCAAAAACAGACAAUACUCGCGACAGUGAUUUGCAACAAAAUGAUGCAGAUACUUCAAAUUUAACCACUGUUGCAAUGGACAAAGCUGAAGUGAUGGACUCAGUGGACGACUCUCAUGUUUUGAAUCACAUUGAUUAAUAUUUUGGAUUCUGUUUAUGUUGUGCGCCAGUUGCUUUGUUUGAGUGUAUCUAUUUUUUCCCCAACAUUAUUUGUUAUAAAUUAUAAUGUUGUAAAUUGUGUUAAAACUACCUGUGUAAACAAAUAAUAAGACUAACACUGCAAAAUGUUGUAUUGGUUUCAUUGGUUUAAAAAUUAUUUAAUAUCAACAAGAUUUUGAGUUGUUCUUUCUAAAAAUAUUUCUACAGGUGCUCAGUGUUGUUUAUCUUGGGUCUAUUAUCAGUUAGCUUACCAUAGUAGAUUACCAAGUAUAAAAUAAUAAAUAUAUCACAAGUGAAUGUGGUUGUCAUACAUACAUACAUACAUAUUGAUACUAUGAUUUUAGAAUAUUUGGCUUGUCUUAGGGACAGCAUGUGCAUGCACAGAGGAAUCAGGAGCCUAAUUAAAAUUGUCUGCCCUGGUCAGUAUUUAUUUAAAAUUUCAGUUACCCGUCUAACCAGUUUUUGUUUUAAAAUGAAACAUAAUUAACUCUACUAAACCAAGUAACAAUUUAAACAAUAGGCUUUUUUUCAUGAAUUCUGUAUCAUUCCCUAUGCUUUGUGGUAAAACUACUGUUGUAAUGAUA